UAGCUUCAAUUCAAAUUUCAAUACUUUUUGUUAUCAUUUUUCUAUGAAAAUCUGUGAAGAAUGUAUUGAAACACUUCUGUUACUAUAAACAGACAUGAAGUAUUUAAAAUAUGGGAAUCGUUUCGUUAAGCAUUGUUGAUUCAUAUUCUUUUUUCAAACUAGAAAUUUGUGUUGUGUUAAUUUCAUUUAUUAUAACUUAAAAAUGAAGCCAGGAAAGAGUUCGGAUGUGACUGAGGAGAUAGCUGAAGUACAUACAACAGCUCGAUCGCCGUCACCAAAGCAAAAAGCUAAGGAGCGAUCAAGAAGUAGAUCUGGCUCCCGGAAACUUUCCAAUGGACAUGCUACUGCAAAUGAAGCGAUCACGGUGGAAGACGUUCCUGAAAAGGCGAAAACCCGAGAGAAUUGGAAAAAUUCCGAACAGGAAUCCCUCGAUACGGAACUACCUAUACAUGAUCAAAUUAAAAUGGACAUCCUUGGUUUUGUUGAGAAAGAAAUAAAGAAAACUGAUAAGCCAUCAUUUGUGUUCUAUUCUCAUGAUCCGAACGGCUUGGACGAUAAGUAUUUGAAGACAUUGUCGAGACCAUCAAGUGGCCACAGAGAAAAGCGGAGUCCUUCUUACAGGAAGAAGAAAAGACACAGUUCUAGACAUCGGGACAGAGAUUUGCAUGACUUUGAAAUACCUGGAUCUAGCUUGAUAGCCUUAGAGAAGGUUGAUGAUUACUUAAAAGAGUACAACAAAGAUGAAGUAGUGACUCUCAGCGGAGAGCUGGAAAUAGAGGCGCAUGAUGUGGAAAACAACAAUGGAUCAUCUCGGGAGCUUCGGCACAAGCCAAGGAAGACCAGGCGAAAAGCCAGGGAGGACAGGCAUGAAGCUCACUCCAAUGGUAGAGAUGUUAGCCCAAAAGUGUUUAAAACUGCUAGUAGGAGUAAGGCUAAACCAGCACGUCCCGCAGACCUAACAACAAUGCUGGAGAGCUUACAGUCAAGUGUCCCAUAUCAUGAUCAGUACAUUGACAAUCCAUUUUCAUCACCAUCACCAUCACCGCUCACAUCACCCAACGAUGAUAGAAUGGACCCGUUCUCUCGGAGGCCAGAGAAGAUAUACCUACAAGGGGGUGGGACUUUCCGGGUUGUAUCACGUGACAGAAUAUUGGAGACACAGCAAUCAAGGGAUGAGGAAAAAUAUGCAAGGCUGGGCGAUGUAACGCCGCUAGAUGUCGCUCUCACAGUCCAAAAGGCGUGGCGUUCGAUCGCGCCCGCUUGUCACGGUGUCCUAGGCGGUCUAUCGCUUAUGCACUUACUGCUAAUCAGCUAUUCGGAUAGUCUAGACGCAGGACACCUGUCUUUCCAUGCGGUUGUGACUAUGCCCUAUGUGGCUGCGUAUUAUUUCUUCUGUGUGCUGUGUUUGGUGUCGGUUCUGGAUAGAUUGGACAUAACCAGUAUAGACGCAAGUCAAGGCCUCCAGCCCUGGUUCCAGCCGAUCGUGCUAGUUAUACUAUAUACCGCGUGUUUGCUCGUGUGCACUGCGGCGAGGAUGUAUGACGAGCUGAUGGUCUACCAGUAUGCGCCGCUUGUGGCUAAUAUAACUGCUAAUAUCACUACGCCGACAAUACCAACCUUCUAUCACACAUGGACACAUUUUUCAAUAUGGCGCGCGGUGUUGUCAAUACUGGGGCUUGUCUAUUUCAUCAUAUCCAGUCCGCAAGAUUUGGUUUACGUUAAUUUGAAUAAAUUAUUGCAAUUCAAACAUUCUCUACAGAGUAUUGGAUGAAUUAUUUUCGUAUUCACUAUAUAUUAUACGCGUACGGCCAAAGAUAAUUUGUAAUCUGAAGUAAUUUUCUAGAACUGUGCGAGAGGGAUGGAGAUAGCCUGGUCAGUGGUUGUCUCUUUCUAAUUUCUUUUGUUUUGUAAACGCAUGACGUCACGUCUUACGACUAAAUAGGUCAUUGCCCGGAAUUUAUUAUCUAAUGUACGAAUAGUAUUCUAUCGAUUAGUUAUUUAGAAAUUUUUAUUUAUAUAGAAUAGGCAUUUAUUUACAAAAAUCAAUGCGCGAUGAUAAAUUCAUCAAUAGACCUAAAAAUCCGUCAUUAUACUUGUAAUUAUUGUUCCUUAUAUAUUAUUACCUCUUAAAUGAAUGAAUAUUUUAGAUUUUAUUUGAAAUACGUACAAAAAUACAUUAUUUUGAUUAAUUGUUAUGCCAAAACUUAG